AUAAAACUAGUCUUUGGGGUUUUAAAUUAAUAACUUACAAAGUGAAAGUCCGCAUGAAUAUGAAUCUGCAUGAACAUGUCCAAACGAACGAAAGUCGGCAUGAACGUAUCAUGCGAAAAGUCUGCAUGAACAUAUCCAGCAAAAGUCUGCGUGAACGUAUCCCAAGCGAAAGUCUGCGUGAACGUAUCCCAAGUGAAAGUCUGCGUGAACGUAUCCCAAGUGAAAUUGAUUGUUUUUUAGUAGAUAAAAUUUGUAUUGAUUUACGUGCUAAGAAAGCAUGUUUUUUG